AUGCCAGUACCCAUUGCCGCCGCCCGCCCUCGCAAACCUCAGAAGCCUUCGCCGGGCAAAGAGAACUUGGUCGUCGGCAAGCCCACCUCGACCAACGGCCCCGUCUCUAACAUCCGCUCACGGCGAGAGCGCCCGUGUGACGCCUGCAGGCGAAGAAAGAGCCGUUGCGUGAUACACGAGGGUGCUGCACUGUGUGUCUUGUGUGAGUUCCACAAGCAAGAGUGUACCUUUGUGCAGAGCCCAUUGCCCCGUAAGAGGAAGGUCGUCGACGGCGACAAGAAAGACUCACCUAGCACCACGAAGAAGAGGUCAGUCGACACAGAGCCUCCACCACUAGCCCUGUCAACACCCACCAUCACUGCGACUGCGCCAAGCCCCCCACCAAGACAGCCGCCAUUGGCCAACAUCCAUCUCCCACAGCUGGGCGAGACUUUGGGUCUACAGCGCCGCCAACAUAGUAGGUAUAUCGGUCUAAGUUCGCCGUUUGACUCUCUACUCAUUGGUCUUUCCCAAUUUGAUACCCGCAACGAAUCGGCAUUUGACCUUGGCACGCUUCGGAGAGUCAAUGACCAUGAAUGUUUCAUCAUGCUGCCUGACGAAACCACCCAAGAUUACGCUGGCGAGGUCGAAGCACUGAACCAGAUCGAGCAGCUCAUUCAUCCCCACGGUCCUGCAUUGCUAGACUUGUACUUUGAGGUGGUGCAUCCUAACUUUCCCAUCAUCCAGAAACAUCUCUUCAUUGGGCGGUACAAGAAUGGCGACCGCACCUUCUCGCCGGCUCUGUUGGCCGGCAUGUACAUUUUGGCGCUGAACUGGUGGUCGCUCAACCCGAAUUUGGCCAAGUACUCCAAGCCAGAUGCCGCACGAUUGGAAGUGAUUGCGAUGAAGUCGCUGACCAUCGCUAUGGAGAGGCCGAAGCUGUCCACAGUUCAAGCGGGGCUGUUACUAUUACAACGUCCAGAGGCAGACUCCUGGAGUCUCACAACUCAGCUGGUUGCCAUUGGCCAAGAACUCGGUCUCCAUCUUGACUGCUCUUCGUGGUCAGUACCUAUGUGGGAGCGCGGCUUGAGGAAACGAAUUGCCUGGGCAUUAUACAUGCAAGACAAGUGGAGCUCGUUGAUCCAUGGGCGUCCGUCGCACAUCUUCAACGCUAAUUGGGCCGUGAAGCCGAUUACUGAGGAAGACUUCAACGAGGAGGGCGACGGGUACGACACCCGAGAAGAGGAGACUGAAGAUGAACAAGAGGAUAACCACCGCGGGCGCAUCUUGUUCGCACAGAUGAUUGCUCUGACCCAAAUUAUGGCGGAGGUCAUGGAUACAUUCUAUACGCAGGUCGCGAUCCACGAUUUCGCGAAUGCUGGGCGGAAGUCGACAGAGCUUAUUCUCGCACGGGCGAAGCCUGUACAGAUCAAGCUUCGUCAGUGGCACGAGAAGCUACCUGCAGAGGUCAAAAUGCAUGCGCCACUGAGCAAGAACAAGCUCACCUCGACGGGGUACCUUCACCUGGCAUACUUUGCGACUGAGAUCACUCUUCAUCGACGCAUCGUGCAGUCUCUUGAUUCGACCAAUCCCGAUUCAUAUGGCCUCUUCAUGUGUCGAAACGCCGCAAAGACACGCCUUAUCUCCGCGAUGGACUUCGUCAACCGUCUCAAGCCCGAGCACCUCCAAGCAUUCUGGUACUUCGCCUCCAAAGUCAAUUUUACCCUGAUCGGGACCUUCGGCUCGCUUCUCUGGGCCACCGCGCCUGCAAAGGAAGAGGCCGAGUUCUACAAGCUCCGCCUGCGCGAAUACCGCUGGACUCUCUCCGUCUCCGCCAAGCGCGCAGACUUCCUUGAUUACGCCGUAUCUAUGCUAGACGCAAGUCGCGCCAUGCUGAACAAUCUCGCCGAGAAACCCAGUCUGGCAGAGCAAAUCAGCAGCGCUGGUGUACCUCCUGCUGCACCGCGCAUGUUCCAGUCCAAUAUGGGUCCGCCACACCACUUUGACGGGUCUGGCGAGGAUACGCAUAUGGCUGAUGGAGAUGAUCUGGGGAGGACGAUGUCUGCAGAUAGCUUCCAGGGCUUCAAUGACGGUAGCCAGUUUGGAAGUCAGACGAGUAGUCGGCCGCAGACUGCGGGGAACUCGCCGCGCUCUAUGUGA